AUGCUCGGCCGAACUAAAGGCCGCCCACGACCGAUGAAGGUCAAGAAACCCUUCAAGCCACAGAAACGAAAACGAGACGACGUGGACGUCGAAAAGCUGCAACUCGCCGUCUCCCAGUUGGACACCACCACCAAGUACGCCUCUUUCUCCGACCUGCCUCUCUCUUCGCAAACCGCCGCCGGUCUCGAGUCCUCCCACUUCUCCACCCUCACCGAUAUUCAAUCACAAGCAAUCCCUGCUGCUCUGCAAGGCCGCGACAUCUUGGGAGCCGCAAAGACUGGAAGCGGCAAGACUUUGGCCUUUGUGAUUCCCGUUCUGGAGAAUCUACAUCGAGCGCAAUGCGUCGGUGCAGAUGCGGGGCUCGGCGCCAUGAUCAUCUCCCCGACGAGAGAGCUUGCGAUUCAAAUCUUUGAAGUGCUGCGGAAAGUCGGAGGAAAAGGCCAUGUCUUCGCAGCGGGGUUGGUCAUUGGCGGGAAGGGUUUAAGGGAAGAGCAGGAUGCAUUGUCGAGGAUGAAUAUCGUGGUCUGCACACCUGGUAGGAUCUUGCAGCAUCUCAGUCAGACAGCAACAUUCAACGUGGACAAUCUGAGGAUGCUAGUCCUGGACGAGGCGGACCGCAUCAUGGACAUGGGCUUUCAAAAAGAUGUGGAUGCUAUUGUUGAGUACCUCCCGAAGGAUAGACAGACUCUGCUGUUCAGCGCCACGCAGACCAAACGAGUUUCAGACUUGUCCCGACUCGCCCUCAAGGAUCCCGAAUACAUCUCCGUUCAUCAGACCGCCACCAUCGCUACCCCACAAUCACUCCAACAGAACUACGUCCUUACACCCCUCCCCGACAAAUUGGACACUCUGUGGUCUUUUCUGCAGUCCAGCAAAAAGUCCAAGAUCCUCGUCUUCCUCUCCUCCGGGAAACAGGUCCGUUUCGUCUACGAGACUUUCCGUCAAAUGCAACCCGGCAUCCCUUUGCUACAUCUUCACGGAAGGCAGAAGCAGACAGCCCGGCUGGAAAUCACCCAACGCUUCUCCCAAGCCAAACACAGCUGCUUAUUCGCCACCGACGUCGUGGCUCGCGGCCUAGACUUCCCUGCCGUCGAUUGGGUAAUUCAAGUCGAUUGUCCAGAGGAUGCUGACACCUACAUCCACCGCGUCGGACGCACCGCUCGAUACGAAAAGGCCGGACGUGCCGUUCUGUUCCUCGACCCCAUCGAAGAGGAGGGCAUGUUGACUCGCCUAGAGCAGAAGAAGGUACCGAUCGAGAGCAUCAAUGUCCGCACCAAAAAGCAGCAGUCCAUCCGAAGCCAAUUGCAGCAGAUGUGCUUGAAAGAUCCCACCGUGAAAUAUCUCGGUCAAAAGGCCUUCACGUCAUAUGUGCGCAGUCUGCAUGUUCAGAAGGACAAAGAUGUGUUCCAGUUGGACAAGUAUCCGCUAGAGGAGUUCGCUGCGAGUCUCGGACUGCCUGGCGCGCCGAGGAUCAAAUUCCUCAAGGCCGAUGCGGAGGAGGUGAAGCGGAGGAAGAACGCACCCAGAAUGGGCAGAGAAUUGGAGGAAGCCGAGGAUGAUGACGGUGAAGGGAAGGAGAAGGUCAGGACGAAGUAUGAUCGCAUGUUUGAAAGGAAGAACCAAGACAUCCUGGCCGAUCACUACACUCGAAUGGUACAAGAAGAAGACCGAGAGGGACAUUCUGACGAUGACGACUUGGACGAUGGCCUCCUCGGCGUCAAACGGCGAGUGACGGCCGUCGAUCUCUCCGACGAAGACGACGACGCUCCAAGCGGCGAAGAAGACGAAGAAGAAGAAGAAAAGGAAAAAGACGCACGAGAAGUCCACAUCACCGGCAUGCAAAACCCCCUCCUCGUCAACUCGAAACGCAAAGAGAACCUCCUCAAAUCGAAGAAGAAACUGCUCAAACUCAAAGACAAAGGAUCAAAGGUCGUCUUUGACGAAGAUGGCAACGCGCACGAAGUCAAUCUGCUAGAUAGCGAGGCCGAUUUCCGCGCUCGCGGAAGCGCAGAGGAGCAGAAGCGACGAUUCUUGGAGGCGGAGGAGGAGCGUGUGCGUCGUGCUGACGUGACUGACAAGGCUUUGGUGAAGGAAAAGAGGAAAGCGAAGAAGGAGCGCAGGCGGGAGCGAGAGCGGGAGGAGGUGGAGGGAGAUGAGGAGGUGGAGGGAGAUGAGGAGGUGGAGGGCGGCGAUGAGAAUGAUCUUAUGGCGAAUUUCAUCGCUGAUGCGGAGGCGUUGGAAGAGUCAGAGCCGAGGAAGAAGGUCAAGUGGUUUGAGGAGGAGCGUGCGCCUCGUGGGGAGGAGGUCGGGAGAGAGAUUGAGACGUUGGAUGACCUUGAGGCUGAGGCGGCGAGGUUGUUAGGGUGA